UGUACACGUAGCCUUGUAGGAUGUGUCCAUUGGAGAUGGUUGCGGUGUGUCAGACUCACUGUCCUGCACACUAGUAAGAAUUUGAUUAUUUUUGUAUACAUUUCCGACCUCGGCUUUGCCUGACUUCAGUCUCUUCAGUGACAUCUACUAGAGUGACCUGGUCCUCGGACCUGUGAGCUCUGCAGCCAUGCAGCCCCCUCCUUGGACUGGACCUCCAGGACCCUCGGGCCCACCUCCUUCCGGGCCCAAUAUGUUCCGCAGGACCAGGCCUCACAAGCAUACGGCACCAGCUACUGCCGCAAUGCCACCUGCUGCACAACCCAUGACGGACCCUUUUUCUUUUGUGAGAGCUCCUCCCCCCAUGGCUGCAGGUGCACCUUUGGCUGCAGGUGGUCUCCCAACAAUACCCAACAGCAACCCCCCACCAAUGCAAGCCCCAUCUAACACCAUGUACUCUCAGGCUGGCUCAGGGCUGCCUCCACAAUCACAGACACCGGGGGAUGUCCAAGCUCCUCUUUCUGGUCCCCCACCCUCCUCUCUACCAGGAGUGACACUGUUCAACCCUCACAGUGCAGCAUCCCCUGGCGUUUACCCAGCACCUAGUCCUGUAGGAUAUGCAUCCUCACAUAGUGAACAGGGCUAUUUUAAUUCUACAGAACAUAUGCCACCCAUGGCCGCAGAGCCACCACCUGUGGCCCAGGCACCGGGUCAGACACCUUUUAACCAGGAAGUUCAAGGACAGCCUGCUCCUCAGCACAUGUUGUUCCAGCCUGUACCUCCCACCACCUCCUAUUCUCAGUGGGCCCCUGAUCACAGUAGUCGCCCUCCAUCAGUUCAGAACUAUUUUCAGCCUACUAGUGACCCUCCGCCACAGCCUUUCAAUGUACCUCCACAGACCCAGAUGUACCCCUCCCACACCCCAUCGACCCAUCACAACAACCCCACCCCUCCAACACAAACUGGACAUCCCCAGAUUCAAGCUCCUCUUCCUCCCCAGAACCCUGUAAAUGCUCCCAGUUCCCAGUGGCCUGACCCAAAUGCACCCCAGCAGCAUAAUUCCCACUUUCAAACUCAGAACUACUUCAGUCAGACCUCUGACCCCCGGGACUCAUGGUUCAAUAUACCUCCACAGGACUCAGGCUACCACCAAAUGGGGACCGGCUUAGCCCAUCCUCAGCCCCGGCCUUACUCGGUUGAAUCUCAACAUGCAUCCAACACUGGGGCUGGGCCUAGUUCAAGUUUUACCCCUGCCCAGGUCCCAUACUCUCAGGAGUCUGGUGCAAUCUCAAUGUUCUUCAAAGACAAUGAUGUGGAAAAUGAAGAAACACUGGCUGGAGAGAGAAAUAAGGCAGUGAAUGGUAUCCCUGAAUCCUUUCAGUAUCAGAGCAACCCACAAGCCCUCAGUGGCCAAGCAGAUGUUCCUUUGGAUUAUCAAGGACCUCCUCAGCAAGAUCAUUCAUACCUACCAUAUAUGAAUGAUGGCGACCAUGCCCCACAGGCAACUACCCAUAAGACUCAUGAUUCACAGCACGACCACGAGGAGAAUUUGGAGUGUGUCCUGAACCAGGAAGUAUUACCCAAUGAUAUCCAUGGCAGCCCUGCUGCUACUGCAGCACAUGAAGUUGACCAGUUUGAAACCGGGCCUAACCUGGAGACUCCCGAUACUAUUCAAAGACCAAUUAGAUCUGCUAGUGUGUCAUCCAACUAUAGCAAUAUGAGCUAUGGAAGUGGAAGUGGCACUCGACGCCAACAGGGAGUAGUAGGUACCUUUAUUCAGCAGGAAAGCCCACGUCUCAGUGAUGAUGCUAACCUGUCUGCUGCCACUGGAGGCUACUUUGAGCAGAUUGACACUUCUCCAGCUGUAGAUAUUGGUGCGCAACAGAGUUCCCUGGAGCAGAUGUGGCCUCCCACACCUAGCCCCCCAAAACCGACUGGUAUCUUUCAGGCCAGUGCUAACAGCUCUUUUGAACCUGUGCGCUCUCAUGGAGUUGGGGUGCGUCCUGCUGAAGUGGAUAGGGCUAAAAUGAUCGUGGAAGGGGGUGCUGAUACUACACCUGGCAACCUGGAGCAGCCGCCAGAUAAUAUGGAAAAUAUUUAUGGCUCUGGACACCCCCCGCCUGCUGGGGCUGGGGCUGGAGGUGGUGUUCCUCAUCUACCACACCCAGUGGUUCACUCUCUCUCUCGGCCUUCAUCCCGUGCUUUUGGGGGCAGUCGGCCCUGUGAGAGCCCUGCCACUACUCUGUGGGCUCAGCAUGAUCCUGCCAGCUUGGGCGCUAACAUCCUCCUAGCCCCUGCUGCCCCAACAGUUCUUGCACCUUUACGGCAGCCCAGUGCGUAUGUCAUCCAACCUCCAGAGGAUGUCCCACUGGACCUGCAACCCUCCCAGAGAAUCCAGCCAACUUCGCAGCAACACUCUGAGAACCUAGAGAACCCACCAAAGGUGAGUGAGGCAGAGCCAACUGACCCUCAAGGCAACCUGGGCUAUGCUUCUCUCCUUGUGUCCGACUCGCUCGACCAGCCUGUUUUGAUUGCCCCGCCAGUGUCAAAUUACAGUGUGAUUCCCCCCAGUACCCUUGCUCAAGCACCCAGUCAAAGUAGCCUUCGGGAAUCAACCCCACCUGUAAGAAUGUUCACACAGGGACAGGGUGCAAGUACCUCCCAACCACCUCCAAUGACCUCCAAUCACAAUCCAGUGUUUGCUCCUGGACCUAUAAGUUUAAAUUCUUCUGCCUCAAACCAGGGCCCACUCAAUCUGACCCGAGACAACAAAGAAGCAUCAACAUCAGACUUCACAGCUCCACCGCAGUCUCAGCCAGUCCGCCCUCCUCUCUCAAGGGCCCAAUCAUUGGCUGUAGACGGCCACACUGCUCUCCACGUUAAUCCACAGGCUUCUCUUGUGACUGCUCCUGUCUCUAAUCAUAAUCAGCCAUCAAAUUAUGAACUGCUUGAUUUUUCUAUGCACCAAUCACAAGCCCAGAACCCAACAUCUGGCCAUCCUUCCGCUCUACACGAGUCUCCACAAUCGAGUAAUGGAUUUUACCUACAGGUCACCAAAGAUGCUCAGCAGGGGGUAAGAACGCAAGGGAAUGUCCCUGUCCAGUUGCCGGCCUCUUCAUCUACUCCACAGGUACCACCAGCACCCUCCCAAGCAGCUGCAAACAUCCAGCCGCCACCAGCUGAACCCCCUCAGACAUCAGACCCGCAAGCUGCACGGCACGGACAAAAUUAUGCUCCUCCUGUUCAAGGGAGUGGAGCACAACCUCCCCUUGACCAGUAUCCACUUCCAGCACAGGGGCCUGCCCCGGGCAGUGCUCCCCCAUCCGCUGCUGCAUACCCCCCAUGGCCUCGAGGACCAGUACCUCCAGGAGCUUCUCAGCCAGCUCCUGCAGAACCACCUCGACCACCCUCCUCUGCAGGCAGCCAGCAAGGCUAUGGGCCCCCUCCUCCAGGGCCAGCGCAGGUGUAUGGUGGCUAUUAUGGUAAUUAUGGAGAAUACCCAGAUGGCAGACCACCAUAUCCCCCUGGCCAAUACCCUCCUCCACCUGGCCAAUACCCACCUCCACCUGGCCAAUACCCACCUCCACCUGGGGAUCCUAGAGCACAGCAAUAUUAUCAAGAGGGUCCAUACAGGGGCAGAGCAGAUCCUUGGUAUGGCAGAUAUGAAGGGCAGAUCCCACCGACUCGCGAUCCAAACUACCAGUACAGAGAGCCUCAGCCAGAACGACCCAACUCCAGAACUAGUCAGUACUCUGACAGGCCCUCCUCCAGGCAAGGCUAUCCUGAGGAUUACCAGAGAGCCAACCAAAGUGCCUACAAUGAAUAUUAUGCAGAAUACGCCAAACAAUGCGAAUAUGGAGGAUACAACUAUGGACAGUAUGACCCCCGGUACAGAGCAUACUAUGAUCCCGCCUCCUGGCCUAAUUAUGAUGAAAGCUACAGAGGCAGAGACAAUUACUAUAAUCAACAGGCAUAUCCUGCCAGGAAAGAGGGCUAUGAUGAUCAGUGGCAGUACUAUCCCGGUUAUGAUGCCAGUUUCGAUGAUGAUUACCGCCGACGCGGAGAAGCGUACGCCGAUGACUUUGACCGACGCAGUGUCCACAGCGAGCAGUCGGCACAUAGUGUGCACAGCUCUCAAAGCCACCACAGCAGACGGAGCAGCUUCAGCUCCCGAUCACAACAGAGCCAGGUGUAUCAAAGCCAGCCUGACUUAGUGUCAGCAGUCUAUGACACCACAGCAUCCACCCUGGCUGUGGAUUACUCCUAUGGACAGUACCCAAACCAGGCUGAUGCCACCCAGAACUACAGCCAGUACCUCUAUCCCUCGGAGUACACGGCAGACAGCACCUGGAUCGCCCCUGAGCAACCUCCUCCACGUCCUGCCACCCCAGAGAAGUUCAGCAUACCCCACCGCUGUGCCCGCUUUGGACCUGGUGGUCAUCUGGUCCAAGUUCUGCCCAACCUCCCCUCAGCUGGACAGCCUGCUCUCGUUGAUAUCCACAAUAUGGAGACGAUACUGCAAGACACCCCGGAUCAGGCAGAACUACGUGCAUUCCCAGGACCUCUUGUUAAGGAGGAGACCCAUAAGGUGGACGUGAUAAAGUUCUCCCAGAACAAAGUGCUGGAGUGCUCUCGUGACAACAACCUCUUGGACAGGGACUCUGCCCGCCUGCUCUGGGAAUUCAUUGUGCUGCUCUGUAGACAGAACGGGACUGUGGUCGGCACAGACAUCGCAGACCUCUUGCUGAAGGAGCAUCGCUCUGUCUGGCUACCGGGCAAAAGUCCAAAUGAAGCCAACUUGAUUGAUUUUAACAAUGAGCCGUUGGCACGAGCCGAGGAAGAGCCGGGAGCUGGACCGCUAUCCCUCCUGUCCGACACCUUCAUGACUGUCCCAGAGAACCUCGGAAAGGAAACCGAACGCUUCAGGGAGCUCCUACUGUUUGGCCGCAAGAAGGAUGCGCUAGAAGCAGCUAUGAAGGGAGGUCUCUGGGGCCACGCCCUGCUGUUGGCCAGUAAGAUGGACAACAGAACACAUGCACGUGUCAUGACAAGGUUUGCCAACAGUUUGCCUAUCAAUGACCCUCUUCAGACGGUGUACCAGCUGAUGUCAGGGAGGAUGCCUGCAUCAGCCACUUGCUGCGGAGAGGAGAAGUGGGGUGACUGGCGCCCUCACUUGGCCAUGGUGCUGUCUAACCUCACACACACCCUGGACCUGGACACUCGCACAAUCACCACUAUGGGGGACACUCUCGUAUCCAAGGGGCUUGUUGAUGCUGCACACUUCUGCUACUUGAUGGCCCAAGUUGGUCUGGGAGUUUUCACGAAGAAGAGCACCAAGAUGGUUCUGAUUGGCUCCAACCACAGUUUGCCCUUUUACCAAUGUGCGACCAACGAAGCUAUCCAGAGGACUGAGGCCUAUGAGUACGCUCAGUCUCUUGGCUCCCAGCCAUGCUCACUACCCAAUUUCCAGGUCUUCAAGUUGAUCUAUGCAUGCCGCUUGGCUGAAGCAGGCCUGAGUGCUCAGGCCUUCCACUACUGUGAAGUUAUUUCUAGGAAUGUCCUCAUGCAGCCUUCCUAUUACUCUCCGGUUUUCCUAAGCCAAAUUAUACAGAUGUCGGAAAAGCUGCGAUUCUUUGAUCCACAACUGAAGGAGAAGCCCGAGCAGGAGUUGUUCAAUGAGCCUGAAUGGCUGAUCCACCUCAGACAGCUGGAUGGACAGAUACGGACGGGAGUGAUUACAUACAAUGAAGACAGAGCAACUCCUACACAGUUUGACUGCAGCAGCCCCAGCUCUGACUUGGACCAGCUGAGUCCACCUGAACCGUACGGUUUGCCUGUGGAGGUGGAUGGCCCCACCCCUGACAACCCACUAAUGACCUCGUUAAUGCCCGGGCCUCCCCCGCAGGGAGUUCAGCUGAUGCCUCCAGCUCCCACCUCUAUCCUCCAAGACGGGAUGGCACUUCCUCAGCCUUUACCCUCCAGUGAAGUGCCCCAUUUCUACCCAGUACCCCCCAGUGGACCACCAGGCCAGAUGUCCGUCUCAGGCUACCCUCCACAGAAUCCUGGCUUUGCCCCUCCUUCCUUCCAACCACUACCGGAGCAGACGGAGAUGUACCCGGGAGCCCAUCAGCAGCCGUGUCCCCCACCUCUUCAAGUGGGCCAAAUGUCACCACACAUGCAUCCCCCUCAGGUGCCGCAUUCACCAAUACAGAUGAACCACCCGCCACCCCAGAUGCCCCAUCAGAUGCCCCAUCAGAUGUCCCAUCAGAUGUCCCAGCACAUGCCCCAGCACAUGCCCCCUUCUCCCGGGCACAUGGCCCCUGCAGAGCAGAUGUCCCACGGCCCACCAGAGAUGCAUCCUGCUCAGCCAAUAUCAUCCUCCCCACCCAGAAGCUCCUUCACACCACAAAUGGACUUCUAUGACCACAUGGCUCACAUGGGUCCUGGGAGGAGAUCACGGACUACUUCACAAUCUUCAAUGCAUAUGGCUCCAGGACGCCGCUCUCGCACCACCUCUGAAUCAUCCACUCACUCUGGUGGAAGAGAGCGGAGCAACUCUGCUGUCAUGCAGGCCUCUCCACUGCCACCUUCGAUCCCUGAACAGCCCCGCAUAGAAGAGGCCAAGAAAGUCAAGAAAAACUCCCCGAAAAAGGGUGGUGGUGGAGGUGGAGGUGGAGGUGGUGGUUGGCUAAACUGGCUCUAUAGGAAGGGGAAGAAUGAGGCUCACUUGCCAGAUGACAAAAACAAAUCUAUUGUGUGGGAUGAACAGAAGCAGAAAUGGGUCGACUCGAACGAGCCUGAGGAAGAGAAUAAUAAGCCCCUUCUACCGCCUCCUCCUGGCUUUCCCAAGAUGCCUCAGAUGCCUGGCCCAGGAGGGCCUGCCGCACAUCCGGGUGGUGGUCCUCCUGUCAACAUGUUCUCCAGGAGAGCAGGCACGAGGAGCAGAUAUGUGGACGUUCUGAACCCCAGUAGGAUUUCUAAACCGGGCGGGUUAGCCCCGGCGCCUGCAGACAUCUUCGCUCCUUUGGCGCCAAUGUCCAUGCCCGCUAACCUAUUUGUGCCUAGUUCAGCUCCUGAUGAUCAACAACCUCUAGAGGGAAGCGAAGGAGGAAAUCAGGAGCAGAACACCAUCGAUGCUACACAGAUGUUCAGCCCAACGUUGUUACCACCCGCCCCAGAAGGUCCUCCUGUGCCUGACGGCUCACAGUCCGGGGAGCUCUCACGUUCUAGCUCAAUGAGUUCUUUAUCACGCGAAGUGAGUCAGCAUUUAAACCAGAGUCAUGUCCAAGCCCAGGAAAUGGCACCCGCUGGGGGCGUCACCUUUUAUAACCCUGCACAGUUUGCACAGACAAGUGCACCUUCGGGAGGCGGACACCGCUCUGGCCGUUUGGGCGGUCAGCGCCAGUACCCAGUGGUGAAAUAAACAUCAUCUUGCAGAGAUAUUGUGUAAACAGACUUGUUGGAUAGAGCGAUAUCUUACUUGGACGUAAAUUAAGCACAUGGACACACAGUGCUCUGCCUGGACCUUCUUUUUUUCUUUCUUUUUCUAUUUUUAACCCGCACCUAAGAAGAGCCUAAUAAGUCUCCAUCAUGUAGAACUUCGUCCCACCACUUAACCACUCUUUCAUCUAUUUCUUUGGUUCAGUACCGGUAAUUGUCACUUUUUUUUCUUGAAGUUUUUCUGUAUCCGAACAGAAAACAGACAGUUGUGUAAUGGGUUUUAACACGCACAUAAAAAGCUAAAACAUGGAUGCAUUCAUACACAUGCUGUAUUAAAAAAAAAAAGAUGUUGCUCUUCGAAUCUAACACUGUUAACAGAAUGAUCAUCCCAGGUCCCGUUUUAGGUUUCCCUUUGUGUCUAAUGUCCAAAUGUCCCCGUUUGAUUGAUUGUAUGUGUGAUGGAUAGAAAGUGGCACCUUUUUUUAAUUUCACAUUGUGGACUUGUGUAUUCGCAGCUCUUCAGUGUCCCUCUAACCGGAGAUGGCGUGUUGUGUGAGAAUGAAUUGUGUCAAUAGUGCGUUGUCUGCUGUGUUGUUUGCUUUUCCUCAGUUGCCCUCCAGUAAAGGAAAGAUGUGUGAUGAAACAGGACAGACAGUCUGCAGUGUUUCAGAUAUUUAUUUCAAUGUCCUCUUGACUUUAAAGAAGUGGCGGGGGUCUUUAGUCCAAGUUAGGCUUCAGUUUGUCCUCUCCGAGACGAGUGGAGGUCUUCAGAACAGCAGGAAUCGCUAAAAAGAAAUCUAUCCAAAAUAUUUGUAUAUCAGAUUGAUUGUAUUUAUGAGCUGUAGGCGUGUGUGUGCGUGUGUGUGUGUGGAGAGCAACUAUUUUUUUUUUCUUUUUCUGAUCGCUUUGAAGAAAUGCAGUUAUGACUCACCAGAGAUGACGCAGAUUCAUUGACUGAUCGUUUGUAUUGGCCGCUUCUGCAGACAAAUAAAUCUUUAUCUAAAUUGA